ACAACAGCUGUCCCGGCUUCAGGCUUUUCGUCUAAUGCUUGUCGAUUUUUAGUAAAUUGACAACCAUCAAAAUGAAGAAACACCAGUUUCUUGAUUAUCGAAACAAACUAAUUCUGGCACCAAUGGUGCGUGUAGGCACUUUACCCAUGCGACUGCUAGCCCUCGAAAUGGGUGCUGACAUCGUGUACACCGAGGAACUUGUCGAUCUAAAAUUAAUAAAAAGUAUCCGCCGCCCAAAUCCCGCAUUGAAUACAGUAGAUUUUGUAGAUCCUUCUGACGGCACGAUUGUUUUUCGCACGUGUGCUUUAGAAAAGUCUAAAGUAGUGCUACAAUUGGGAACUAGCGAUGCAGCACGAGCUUUGGCCGUAGGUAAGCUGGUACAGUAUGAUGUUGCUGGCUUAGAUAUAAAUAUGGGCUGUCCCAAGGAGUUCUCGAUUAAGGGCGGUAUGGGAGCAGCAUUGCUUGCAGAUCCAGCGAAAGCAGCCCAUAUACUGCGCACACUGUCUUCGCAGUUAGACAUACCUGUUACCUGCAAGAUCCGCAUACUGCCCGAUAUCUUAGACACCAUAAGACUUGUGCAGCAAUUGGCAGUAACGGGAAUUGCCGCGAUUGGUAUCCAUGCGCGUACUCGAGAUGAACGGCCUCAGCAUCGCCCACAUCCGGACGUCCUACAUGCCGUGGCAAGCGCCGUAGACAUACCUAUCAUAGCUAACGGCGGAUCUCGGGAUAUGCACACGUAUGAUGAUUUGCACAAAUUCCAGGCCUUGUGCGGCGCUGAUAGUGUCAUGGUAGCUCGUGCGGCCCAGUUCAAUGUGUCAAUAUUUCGUAAACAAGGCAUUUUGCCAGUGGAUGAAGUGAUUUAUAAGUAUCUCCGAUUGUGCGUUGAUUACGACAAUGCUCCGCACAAUACUAAGUACUGCGUGCAAAGCAUCCUGAAAGAGUUGCAGGAAACGCCACGCGGAAAGCGGUUUUUACAAUGUCAAACUCUACAGCAGAUUUGCGAGAUUUGGAAUUUAGGUGACUACUGUCGUCGUCGGCAGCAAGAGCUUAAAGAUCGCGGAAAUGCUGGCCGUGCCAACGUAAUACUAACACAGUGUCCAACUAAACGACAAAAGCUCGGGCUGCCUGACAGUUCUACAGACGAGUUUCAGGGUGUCAUUUACCGCAAUGUAGCUUUUCUGCGGUCCACCUACACAAGUGACACUCAGCUCCCGAAGAUGGUGCUUUAUGUGCACGCGGGUAGAACGGGUAAGCAGCCGCCCUGUUAUGAGACGCUGCGCUGCGACAAGCUUUUUCGGGCCAUCUGCAGCUAUGACGGACAGCGCUAUAGUAGCAGCUUCUGGGAGAAAAACAAAAAACAAGCUGAACAGGGUGCCGCAUUAGUAGCUUUGCUGCAACUCGGACAUCUAAGAGAAAAAACUCUCCUCGACAAUGGCAGUCUGAUCAGUUAGAAUUAGAUUAAAAUCCCCGUAAAAAUAUUGUUUGUCUAUGUUUAUAUCGAAUUACUUUAAAGAGAAAGGAGACCACUAUGUUUUGGAAUUAACAAAUUAACAAUUACAAUACCCUGUUAACAUGUUAUUACCAAAGACAAUAUAAACACUAAGAUGAGUAACGCCCACACAUUUGAAAA